CCUUAUAGUAUCGUAUUCUUGUAAGUUGUACUACCUCUCUUAGAAAUACUUUGGGUCAGAUCAGUGUUUACCGGGUGCAUUCAAAUAACAUUGGUAUUAGACAGGGCAUUCGUAUUCCGACCAAAGACCAGGACGCACGUGUCUUGUCGUACGGCUUUCCACAGGAUACUACAUUGGCGACGAGGAUGACGAACCCAUUCGGUGAGUUAAAAAAAAAAGAAAAAACGGAACGGAAAGAACUGAAAGCAGACUCUAAUCUCCUGUGCCUGUGUUUUUGGGUCUGGUACAUUGAAAUGCAGAAAGCAAUAUUGGCUUAAAUGCGGUGGUAGAUACGAUGAAUGUAUGCUUUGAGGCUGACGAAGAAAUGAAAACAUUAUUUGCUUAAAUGCAGAGACGGUAGAGCGAAGAAGAAGAGAAAUAUGGCUUAAAUGCGAUUCCAACAGGUUAUAAGGUGAGACUGAGUUCCCAUGUAAACGUAUUAGUGGAUACGGAAAAAGUAAACAAAAAAAAAAUGUUUGCAUUCUGCUAUAUGACACCUCCUUGGAGGGUUGCCGGCGAAGUUCAAUGUGGUAGAUUGACAGAGAAUUUGAUUUCGCGUACACGAUCACAAACGACAGAUUUCCUCACCUUUAUUUGAAUAUGCAUUGCGCAUACUGUUGCAUUUGUGAAAUCAUCUUUCCAUAUGUUUUGCAGCGGGGUUCUAUAAUUUGACAGAUCACCGUCAAGUGCUUUAGUGGUGUAUGUUUUGGAAAAGUUUUCUAAAUCAACAAAAGUUUUGAAUUUCGAAAGUUUUAUUUAGAUAGAUAUUUUGCAUAUUUCAAAAAAAUAUGAUUCGACCACUCGGGCUGCAGCUCCAAUCGUUUGAUUAUACAUCGCACACCGAUGAUGUUGGCAGUGAGUGGCGAAAGUGGUUGAGAUCUUUCGAAACGAUGGUUCGAGCAAGCCGGAUUGACGAUGAGGAAUGGAAAAAAGAUUUACUUUUACAUUAUGCCGGUCAAAAUGUUCAGCAGCUAUUCGACACAUUACCCGAAGCUCCCGGAAUCGAAAUGCGGGGUCCGUUACUGAAUAUUGAGAGCUACACACCGAAUAUGACCAGCUACGAAGAAGCUAGAGCGAAGCUGAACGAUUUCUUCCUGCCGAAAGAGAAUUCCACGUAUGAGCGACAUUUGCUGCGGCAAAUGAAACAACGCGCGGGUGAAAAUAUUGAUGCUUUCACUAUUCGACUACGAGUCCAGGCGGAACGAUGUGGUUUCGGCGAUAGAGUAGAAGAAAAUAUCAAAGAUCAGAUCAUCCAGAACUGCCAAUCGGCCACGCUGCGCCGGGAUUUAUUGAAGCGAGGCGAUGCCAGUCUCGAGGAGGUAUUGAGUAUCGCGAAGAUCUUCGAGACUGUAGCUCAACAAGAAAAGUCGUUUACCAGCGCUGGUGAGUUGAAGCAACAUGUCGACGAUGUGAACAAGAUUGAUACAGCACCCUAUAGGAAAAGGCGAGUCAUCGAAACGAGGCAACUAGAAUGCCACCGUUGCGGGUACUUCGGACACAUCGCCAAAGAUGACAGAUGUCCUGCCAAAGGGAAAGUAUGCAACAAGUGUGGCGGCAAGGAUCAUUUUGGAAAGAAAUGCCGGACCAAACAACAGAGGAUCGACAAGCAGAGAUUUGAACGUCGAGGAAUUUCCAACACCACCGAUGAAAAUCGUAAGGACGAUAAAACGAACACUGUUAAACACAUUUCCGAAGAACAAGUCGAGUACAUUUUCAACGUAACCACACCUGACAGCAACGGAGAAAUGCAAUGUGUAAUCGGGGGUGUUAUUGUGUCUGCAGUGGUCGACUCAGGGUCUAAAUAUAAUUUGCUGAGUCAGUCGCAUUGGAACGAGUUGAAGGAAAAAAAAGUGAUUGUUUCGAACCAACGACGCGAAGCGCCGAUAACGUUCAAAGCGUAUGGAGGACAAGCAUUGCCAUUGAUCGGUGUGUUUACUGCUACCAUCAAAAUGGGAGAUGCAGCGGAAUCAGCUGAAUUCUAUGUCGUUGGAGGAAACGGAAAAAUCUUGAUCGGUCGGGAUACCGCUAUUUCUAUGGGUAUUCUGAAAAUUGGCGUACCGGUUAAUGAAGUGGAGACCAACACGAAAUGCAAGAAACUAGGAACAAUCAAGGACAUAGUUAUUGACAUCCCAAUCAAGUCGGACGCUGUUCCUGUUGUCCAACCAUAUCGGCGUAUUCCGGUGGCUUUAGAGAAGAUGGUCGAUAAGAAGUUGGACGAGUUGCUUGACCAGGGCAUUAUUGAACCCGUGAACGAGCCAGCUAAAUGGAUAUCUCCGGUAGUCGUGGUGCCGAAAGGGGACGAUGGUGACGUACGCAUAUGUGUAGACAUGCGACGGGCGAAUGAAGCUGUGGAAAGGGAAAACCACCCCCUCCCGACUUUCGAAGAUUUUUUGCCGCAUUUGUCAAAAGCAAAAGUCUUUUCUCGAUUGGACGUGAAAAAUGCCUUUCACCAGGUGGGUUGAAUCCGUAAUAGAUUUGCAUCGAUUAACCUUUGAUUGGCACUUUUUUUAUGUUAUGCUGUCG